AUGUGGUCAGAGUGGUGGUGUGUCGUGCUAACGCUGAAUACUGUGGUGGCUCUCUCUCCGGUGGUUAAAAUAGGCGCGGUGUUCACAGAAGACGCAAGAGGUGGUAGCACGGAGCUGGCCUUCAAGUACGCUGUCUACAGGAUCAAUAAAGAAAGGACUCUCCUGCCGAACAGUACGCUGGUGUACGAUAUUCAGUACACCCCAUCAAGGGACAGCUUCAAGACUUUCAAGAAAGCGUGUGCUCAAAUCCAGUCGGGUGCUGUGGCCAUAUUCAGUGGUGUGGGCCCACUGCUGGGCAACACGUUAGACCACAUGAGCAUCAGUCUGCAUGCUCCACACCUAACUGUUGGACCUUUUACGCCAGAGAAUCUGAACCACACAUUCACAAUAAAUCUGUACCCACCAAGGGACCUCCUAACGAAGGCGUUCGCUGAGUUCCUCUCAUAUCUAAACUGGACGAGAAUGGGAGUCAUCUAUGAAGAUUAUGGAUAUGGUGAAUUAAACAUCCUGGAUAUAGCAAAAGACGGCAGAGAUAUGUAUACAGUAAGGUGUCGGGAUGCGAAGGAAUAUAGACGAGGAUUAGCGUUGUUAAAAGCGCAACAGAUUGAUCAUAUUGUGGUUGAUACAGACCCGAAGAGGGUGAGGCAGCUGGCUAGGGCUAUUCUUCAGCUGCAAAUGAAUAAUGAGAAUUAUCAUUACGUCUUCACUUCUUUUGACUUCGAGCUAUUUGACAUGGAAGACUUUUAUUAUAACCGCGUCAAUAUGAGCGGGUGGAGACUGGUAGACAGAGACUCUGAUAAAGUCAAGGAGUCUCUCCAGGUUAUGGAGAAGUUCCAUCCUAUUGGAGCUUCCAUCAUCAGCGGGGGACAUAUUAAGACGGAACCAGCUCUCCUGUACGACGCUGUUCAGAUCCUGUGCCAGGCUCUCGCCAUCACUGAAGACUUCCACCCAGGAAACGUGUCCUGUGAUAAAGACAUACCUUGGAACCAUGGGAAAACUAUUUAUGAUAAUAUUAAUAAUAUCCAAGCGCACGGCCUAACAGGACCAAUAGAAUUCAAGAAUGGAGUGCGAACGAAUUUCCACCUUCAGCUCAUGAGGCUAACUGGUGGAGAGAAGGGGGGAAUGGUGGUAUCUGGACAUUGGACCCCGGGGGAGGGGCUGGCCAUUACUGACCCCGCCGCGUACACUAGGGACCCGCCACCUAAUGUUACUUUGACUGUGGUGACUGUUGAAGAAAAGCCCUACGUGAUGGUGAAAGAAGGUUGGAACUUGCAAGGGAACGCUCGAUUCGAAGGGUUCUGCAUAGACCUUCUGGCUAGGGUUGCUGCAAGAGCUGGUUUCCACUACCGUCUUCGGCUGGUCCCUGACAACAUGUAUGGAGCUAGAGACCCUGAUACUGGACACUGGAAUGGAAUUGUUAGGGAGCUGAUGGAUAGGAAAGCUGAUAUAGCAGUGGCUUCAAUGACAAUAAACUACGCGAGGGAAGCUGUCAUAGAUUUCACGAAGCCUUUCAUGAAUCUUGGAAUCGGAAUAUUGUUUAAGGUCCCCACCUCCCAACCGACUCGUCUCUUCAGCUUCCUGAACCCUCUUGCUAUAGAGAUCUGGUUGUAUGUCCUCGCUGCGUACAUUCUCGUGUCUUUUACGCUGUUUGUCAUGGCGCGGUUCUCGCCAUAUGAGUGGUCUACCAGCACCCACGUAUGUGGUCAUGAGACGAAACUCCUGACGAACCAGUUCAACGUCUGCAACUCCUUCUGGUUCAUCACUGGCACCUUCCUGAGGCAAGGGUCUGGGCUGAACCCGAAGGCGACCUCGACCCGCAUAGUAGGUGGUAUAUGGUGGUUCUUCACCCUGAUCAUCCUGUCUUCGUACACUGCCAACCUGGCCGCCUUCCUCACUGUAGAGCGGACAGUACUGCCCAUACAGAGCGCUGCUGACCUCGCCGCGCAGACCAGUAUACAAUAUGGCACCCUCAAUGGAGGAUCCACUAUGUCAUUUUUUAGGGAUUCCAACAUAGACAUAUACCAGAAGAUGUGGCUACAUAUGUCCAGUGCAUCCCCCCCAGCGCUAGUGUCCUCCUAUGAGGAGGGAGUCAGGAGGGUACUCGCAGGGAACUAUGCAUUCCUCAUGGAGUCCACCAUGUUGGACCAUAGAGUCCAGAGGGACUGUAAUCUGACGCAAAUUGGGGGACUGUUAGAUUCUAAGGGUUACGGCAUAGCAACCUGGAAAGGCAGUCCAUGGAGAGACAAGAUCUCACUAGCUAUCCUCGAACUACAGGAGAAAGGGGUGAUCCAGAUAUUGUAUGACAAAUGGUGGAAGAAUACGGGAGAUGUCUGCAAUAGAGAUGGAAAAGACAGCAAGGCUAAUCCUUUAGGAGUACAGAACAUUGGUGGAGUAUUCGUAACACUACUCUGUGGGUUGGCUCUGGCGAUAGUUGUGGCCAUACUCGAGUUCUGCUGGAACACGAAGAAGAACGCAAGCCAGGGGAGACAGUCACUAUGCAGUGAGAUGGGACAGGAGUUACGGACAGCGAUGCGAGGUGGUUCCUCCAGUAGAACAGUGCUUCGACCUGGAUGUUCCAGGUGCUCGCCAGCCACACAUGUGCCUCCAUCUUCUUCUAGAUACCAGUCCCGCAGUAGCAGCGUGGAGCUGAAGGAGCUCCGUUGGUCGUAG